CAUUUCCCGGGCGGCCCCGCGGCGGCGGGCCGGUUGCCGUUGUUGCAUAGGAAACAGCUGAAGAGUCUCCACAUGACAGGGGGGGAAGGAGGAGGAGGAGGAAGUGUGGAGACCCGCGGGCCGCCGUCCCGGGCAGCCAUCCCUCCCGCCGCCGCCUCCCGCCGGCCAUGAACGGCUUCGCCCCGGAGGAGGCGGCCGACCCCGUCGCCGCCACGGCGGGCAACGCGGGCUCGGCCGUGGAGGUGCCGCCGCCGCCUCCUCCUCCUCCUCCUCCUGCUCUCCCUCCUCCUCCUCCUGCUCUUCCUCCUCCUCCGCCACCUCCUCCUCCUCCUUCGGCGGCCGCCGUCGCUCCGGCGGGCGGCCCCGGGGCCGGUCAGCUGUGCUGCCUGCGUGAGGAGGGCGAGCGGUGCGGGCGGGCCGCCGGGAACGCCAGCUUCAGCAAGAGGAUCCAGAAGAGCAUCUCGCAGAAGAAGGUGAAGAUCGAGCUGGACAAGAGCGCGAGACAUCUCUACAUCUGCGACUUCCACAAAAACUUAAUUCAGAGCGUGAGGAACAGGAGGAAGAGGAAAGGCAGCGACGACGACGGCGACUCGCCGGUACAAGACGUCGACACUCCAGAGGUUGAUUUAUAUCAGUUACAAGUAAACACACUUCGAAGGUACAAAAGACACUUCAAGCUACAGACCAGGCCGGGGCUCAACAAAGCACAGCUCGUUGAGAUCAUCGGCUGCCACUUCAGGACAAUCCCGGUGAACGAGAAGGACACCUUAACCUAUUUCAUCUACUCAGUGAAGAACGACAAGAACAAGCCUGACCUGAAGCUGGACAGUGGGGUCCAUUAGGACGGGGCAGGUCGGGACUGAGGCCCCGGCCCCGAAUCAAAAGACUGAGGGUUUUUGUCGAUACGCAAAAGCUUUCUUUCUAACUUCUUUUUUUUUGGGGGGGUUUUUUGGGGUUGUUUUUUUUUUUUUCUUCCCCAGAGAGUUUGUCUCUGUUUUAUUUUUUCAUAACCUGGCUGAUCUGUUUGAAAAACCAUCUCUUAACGAAAUGAAUUUCCUCAGCAGAAGUAUUUUAAAUAAAUAUCACUGAUAUUGUUGCUCAA